CUCUCUCGCUCUUAUAUAUUGAAAUUGGUUGGGGUCGAACAUGAUCACAGAACUCCGUGUUUCCAGUGCUGCACAUAGGCGGGCACCCCACAAUACCCGAGCUUUUGAAAUAAAAUAGAUAAAUAUAGGGGGGAGGAGUACAUAAACCUGAGUAGCGGCUAAAGAAGAGAGGAAUAUUCACUUUUUGUUGAUCACUCUAGAAAUCCCGUUCGCUUGCUCUUGUUUAACGCGUUACAUACAGAGGGUGUUUUAAUCUAUGCACGCAAUAUGUACACGCACGUUAUAAUGCGCGCUAGCAUUGGAUUAGUAGGUUUCUGCCUGGUUGCCUUUGUCCAACAGCCAGCUCGCGCUUUGGGCAGCAAAUCCACUCAAGAUGUGGAUGAGUGCGCCGAGGCGCUGGAUAACUGCAGCAUCGAUGCCAUCUGCCAGAACACCCUGAAGUCAUACAAAUGCAUCUGCAAGUCGGGGUACACGGGGGACGGCAAGCGCUGUGGAGAUAUCGACGAGUGCGAGAGCGAGUACAAUGGCGGCUGUGUUCAUGAGUGCAUCAACAUCCCGGGGAACUACAGGUGCACCUGCUACGACGGCUUCCGCCUGGCGCACGACGGACACAACUGCCUCGAUGUGGACGAGUGCUCGGAGGGGAACGGAGGAUGCCAGCAGAUCUGCGUCAACAUGAUGGGCAGCUACGAGUGCCGCUGCCGCGAGGGCUUCUUCCUAAGCGACAACCAGCACACCUGCAUCCAGAGGCCAAAAGAAGGACUGAAGUGCAUGGACAAGAACCACGGCUGCGCUCACAUCUGUCGAGAGACGCCCAAAGGAGGCAUCGCAUGCGAGUGCCGACCGGGGUUCCAGCUAACCAAGAACAUGAGGGACUGCAAGUUGACGUGUAACUAUGGCAACGGAGGUUGCCAGCACACAUGUGAAGACACGGACCAGGGCCCCAAGUGCGGCUGCCACAUGAAGUUCGCCCUGCACUCCGACGGCAAGACCUGUGUAGGGGAAAGGAGUAUCCAGCAACAGGCAGUCCCACAGCUGUUACCCAAUGAAACGUGUGCUGUGAAUAACGGGGGCUGUGACAGCACCUGUCACGAUGCGGUUACCGGAGUCCGCUGCAGCUGUCCCGUCGGCUUCACCCUGCAGCCCGACCGCAAGACCUGCAAAGAUAUCGACGAGUGUCGCCUGAACAACGGAGGGUGUGACCAUGUGUGCCGAAACACAGUCGGCAGCUUCGAGUGCAGCUGCAAGAAGGGCUACAAGCUGCUGACCAAUGAGAGGACCUGCCAAGAUAUCGAUGAGUGCUCCUUCGACAGAGCCUGUGACCACUCCUGCGUCAACUCCCCGGGCAGCUUCCAGUGCUUCUGCCACAAGGGUUACGUGCUGUACGGCCUAGCACACUGUGGAGAUAUUGACGAGUGCAGUAUUAACCGUGGGGGAUGUAAGUUCGGCUGUGUCAACACACUAGGAAGCUACGAUUGUACCUGUCCACCAGGAUACAAACUGCACUGGAACAAGAAAGACUGCAUUGAGCUGGUGAAAUGUCCGUCCAAUUUAGUGUCUCCCAAGGCAACCCUGACUUGCAGCAAAAAUGGAAAGAAAGAGAGCUGCUCCCUCACUUGUGCCUCUAAGGCUCACUAUCUAGCAGAAUCUGAUAACAGUUACAGCGUAAGCUGUGGAAUCCCAAUCCUGAGAGGGAAAACUCCUGCUAGACUAAACUCCAGCAGCAGCCAGAGCUGCAUAGAGACUCUGGCGCCUCCAGUGAAGCAGACGGCGUCCUUCAAGAUCAAGGACGCCAAGUGCCACCUGCACCCCAAGCUGCGCGGCCGCGUGGACGAGGGGGGGCGCACGCUCGGGCCAGGUGGCGCGCAGCCCUGCAGUAACUGCCUGGUCACCUUCGUCAACCUCAAGUGCGACUCCUCCAAGAAGGCCAAAGGCCGGCGUGCCCGCAACUCCGCCAGCAAGGAGGUGACCCGCAUCACCCUGGAGCUGGAGGCCGAGGUCAAGCCGGGGGACACCACAGGAAGCUGCAACCUUAGCUGCCUGCGGCAGCGCAUGGAAAAGCAGGUGAAGUCCUACAUCAAGGCCCUGAAGAAGUCCAUCAACCAGGAGCGCUUCCUGAUCCGCGUGGCGGGGCUGGAGUACGAGGUGGCGCAGAAGCUGCCGCAGGCGGCCGAGCGGCAGGAGAACUGCGGCCCGGGCAGGGAGAAGGACAGCGGCCGCUGUGUCAGAUGUCCGCCCGGGUCCUACUACCACGGCGAGCAGGAGCGCUGUGUCCUGUGCCCGCCGGGCACCUUCCAGGAGAAGGAGGGGCAGCUGGCCUGCGACCUGUGCCCAGGUAGUGACGGGCACGGCCCCACCGGCGCCCGCAACAUCACCUCCUGCGCAGGUCAGUGCCCAACAGGGUACUACUCCAGCGACGGGUUCAAACCCUGCCAGCCAUGCCCGCAGGGCUCCUACCAGCCUGACCCGGGACGGACCCUCUGCUUCCCCUGCGGGGGGGGUCUGAGCACCAAGCGGGAGGGGGCCAGCUCCUUCCACGACUGCGAGGCCAAAGUCCAGUGCUCUCCUGGCCAUUACUACAACACCACAGUGCACCGCUGCAUCCGCUGUCCUCUUGGCACCUACCAGACCGAGUUCCGGCAGAACUACUGCAUCUCCUGUCCCGGGAACACCACCACAGACUUCGACGGCGCCACCUCUGUCUCCCAGUGCAAAAACCGGGAGUGUGGGGGAGAGAUGGGAGAGUUUACGGGCUACAUCGAGUCGCCCAACUACCCUGGCAACUACCCAGCCAAUGUGGAGUGCACCUGGAACAUCAACCCUCCACCCAAACGCAAGAUCCUCAUCGUGGUGCCCGAGAUAUUCCUGCCUUCCGAGGACGAGUGCGGAGACGUGUUGGUCAUGAGGAAGAACUGGUCAGCCACCUCCAUUACCACAUAUGAGACGUGCCAGACGUAUGAGCGCCCCAUCGCCUUCACCGCACGCUCCCGCCGCCUCUGGAUCAACUUCAAGUCCAACGAGGCCAACAGUGCCCGCGGCUUCCAGAUCCCCUACGUCACCUACGAUGAGGACUAUGAACAGCUGGUGGAGAACAUUGUGAGGGAUGGAAGGCUGUAUGCCUCUGAAAAUCAUCAAGAAAUCCUCAAGGAUAAAAAGUUGAUAAAGACUCUGUUCGACGUGCUGGCCCACCCUCUCAACUACUUCAAGUACACCACCAGAGAGUCCAACGAGAUGCUGCCCCGGUCCUUCAUCCGCCUCAUCAGCAGCAAAGUCUCCGAAUUCCUGCGGCCAUACAAGUAGGCCCAGGCAACACCUCUCAACCACCAGGCCCCGCCCCCCCACCUGCUGGGCUCCUAGCAACAAGACAACAAAGGAACUUUACUUUUUCAAUGGCUUUGAAAACAUACUUCACUAUGCAGACUUUCAUGUUUGGCUUUUUGUUUUUUUUUUUCCUCCUCCGCCCUCUAACACGUCACUCCCAACAGAGCACCGCCCAUCAAAGCACGCCACAUUUUGACUUGAUAAGACUUUUCGUGCCCGGUAUGAAUAUUUAUCGCCACUUCAUGUUGUGUUUAUAUGUUUGUUUGUUCGUUUGUUUUAUUUUGCAUUAUUUUUUCCAUCCUGAGAUGAAUUCCCUCCGAGCUUUGGGCUUGAAUCUGCAGAUCUGCCCACUGUUACCUUCACACCUAUCCGUUAUUGCAAUAACAAGGAAAGGUAAAGUUUUUUAAAGGACACGCCAUGGUUAACUAGCGAGAAUGGGAUUAGCGAAGUGUUUCCUUUUCCUUGUUACCGGACACUUAAGGGUAGAUUCACAGAGGGGGUGAUGAAUUUAUUGAAAGAUGAAUGAGCUGGCAUUGGGUAAAACCUGGAGAUGAAACCCCAACCUGAGUUUCCACUAACUGGCUAACAUAAGUGUGGGUACUUAGGAAAUGCAUGACUGAGUUCCAGCUCCAGGUCCUCCAAAUUCCACCUCAUGUACACUUAACAAUCCUAUCACUUUUUAUGACCCUUAAGGUUCUCUCCUAAAGUAGGAUUGCUUUCCCCCCCAAUUCAUAUUGUACAUUUCAUAACAU